GCUGAGGUGCAAGGGGAGGGGCCCGAGCCGCCGCCGUCGCCGCCGGGGAGCAUGUCCGCGAGUCGAGCCAAGAAAGUGAAGAUGGCCACCAAAUCGUGCCCCGAGUGCGACCAACAGGUUCCUGUUGCAUGUAAAUCUUGCCCCUGUGGUUAUAUAUUCAUUAAUAGGAAACUUCUAAAAACUUCAGAGAAAUCAUCACCUUUUACAGAAGUGAACCACACCGUGUCUUUGAAAGAUCUGCGAAUACUUUUUUUAUAUGAAUUUAAACUAGGACAUAGUGCAGCCAUGGCAAGUAGAAACAUCAUUUCUGUCUUUGGAGAAGGCUCUGUUAGUGAAAGGACUAUCCGGUGGUGGUUUGAAAAAUUUCGUUCUGGGGAUCUGAGCCUGAAAAACGAGCCUCGAGGGAGACCCAGGUCUGUUUUAAAUGAAGAUGAAUUGAGAGCCAUGGUGGAAGCUAACCCCAAAACAGCAAUCCGAGGCCUUGCGGCAGACUUAGGAGUUUCUGCUACAACAAUUUCUCGACACCUGGCUGCAAUAGGAAAGGUGAAAAAAUUGGACAAGUGGGUAACACCAGGUGAUGGUUGAUCAUAAGCUGAGAUGGUUAGUGAUAUGCUCAUCCCUCAAGAAGAUUUGAAAGACCAGAGACCUUACGAGAGCUUCAUAAGCUGUGACAAAAAAUGGAACUGAAAGUGAUCUGGACAAUGGUUGAAUGUUGAUGAAGUUCCCAAAUGUGUUGAAACCAUCGUUCAACCAAAAAAGGAUCUGGUAACUGUUGGUGGUGUGCAAAAAGGGUAUUUCAUUACUGCUUUUUAACCCAAAGUACUUUUGCUGUUUUAAAACUAACAGUGGCAUUAUCGAGCAGUUGAAAUCACGUACCCAGAUCUCUCAAAAGCACUUUGCAUUGGUCAGCAGCCGUGGACCUGUGCUUUUCCAGGACAGCAGUUGACCAUAGACCACUGUGGGGAAGAUAACUGAAUUGGACGAAGACAUUUAGCAUGUUCAUCAUACUCAUCUGACUUUUUCAACAGAUUACCACGUUUUAUUGUCAUUGGUACCUUUACGAAACAGAACAUUCUCCAACUAAGAAGUAGUAAUUGAAUGAUUUGGGGAUAUUUUAACAUUACUUAAUUUUAUAAAUAUGGUAUAUAUCAUUUAA